AUGCCCCGCCGAAGCUUCGACGACGCCAAUCUCAUGCGACUCAUCUCGCGCCGGCGAUCCUCCUCGCACAGUGACUCCCUGACUGACACGGCACCCCCUCAUAGGAAUCGCGCCUUUUCUAUCCGCUCCGGCGGCUCCAACAAGGGCUCCAGCUCAGGCGGCGGCGGCGGCGGCAGCAAAAUGGGCGGCUUCUCCCUUAACUCGCUGCGGGGCUCCGUGCAGCCCGAGCUGUCCAAGAAGCUCUUCCGCCUGAUCAAGUCGGAGAACAACCUCAUCAACGCCCACGAGGCCGCCGGCCGCGAGCGCAUCUCCAUCGCCACGCAGCUGUCCGAGUGGGGCGAGCAAACCGGCGACGACGCCAUCAGCGACGUCUCGGACAAGGUUGGCGUCAUCCUCAGCGAGAUUGGCGAGCAGGAGGACUCGUACGCCCACGCCAUUGAUGAUUCCCGCGGCUACCUCAAGGCCAUCCGUAACACGGAGAAGAGCGUCCAGCCGAGCCGUGACGGCAAGGCUAAGAUUGCUGACGAGAUUCAGCGCCUGAAGCUGAAGGAACCCGAGAGUGCCAAGUUGGUCGUUCUCGAGCAGGAGCUUGUCCGCGCCGAAGCCGAAAACCUCGUCGCCGAGGCUCAGCUGACGAAUAUCACUCGUCAGAAGCUCAAGGAGGCCUACGAGGCCGAGUUUGCUGCCACCAUUGAGCGCGCCGAGAAGCAGAUUAUCCUGGCCAAGCACGGCCGCCGUCUGCUCCAGCUUCUUGACGACACCCCCGUCGUCCCUGGUGAUGCCAAGCCCGUCUACCACCAUGCCAGCCAGGCCCGCCAGGUGCUCAACGACGCCGAGGACGACCUCCGCGACUGGCAGCCCGAGGCGGAUCACUACACGGCUGAGAGCACCGGUGCCGCCGUUACGACUACCACCGAGGAGGAGACUAAUAAGGCACCGGAGCUCAAUGUGGAGGAAGGGGUUACCGAAAAAGCCACUGCCGCAUGA